UUCUUUUGACUAACAGAAUAAUACAACAAUAUGAAAUUCUUCAUUGUUUUCGCUGCUCUCUUCGCCGUCGCUUUGGCUGCUCCCGCUGAACACGGUGCCGAAAUCGUUAGACAAGAAUCUGAUGUUCAACCUGAAAGCUACAACUUUGUUUCCGAAACCUCCGAUGGUACCCACAAGUCCGAAGAAGGUCAUUUGAAGGAUGUUGGCACUGAACACGAAGCCAUCGUUGUUCACGGUUCUUACUCCUGGGUUGAUGAGAAGACUGGCGAAAAAUUCACCGUCACCUAUGUUGCUGAUGAAAACGGUUUCCAACCCGAAGGUGCUCAUUUGCCCAAACCCCAACAAUAAGUGUUGAACUCGUUGAAUUGUUGUAGAAUAUUUAAAUAAUUUAUUGUUUAUUUAAUAAAUAAAAUAGUAUAAUUAUUUAAUUGUAAUAAA